AUGACAGCUUUCCACCCAUUUCCGCGACUACCGUACGAGCUCCGGAUGCAAAUAUGGGAAAUGACAGUGGAGCCUCGCAUAGUGAAUGCUGAGCUUACACACCAAACUCCUACCGGCCGAGCGCAUUACCUCACCUCGUCGACGCCUGUGCCUGCCGUCUUACAGACCUGCCGGGAAGCACGGAACCAUGGCCUGUAUCAAAAAGCUUUUUCUGAACUAGCUGUACACGGUCAUGGAGCGCAGUACGUCUGGGUGGAUUUCGUCAUCGACACCAUCGACAUUGGAGAGUCCAUGUUUGACAGCUUCAAGCCAGUCGCCCCGUCCAUUCAACGCCUAAGGUUCGCACGCGAGAUGCAGGCAGAAUGGUUUUAUUAUGACGAGGUUGAAGGCGUCAGGCACUUUGUGAACGCAAGGGAAAUUUGGAUCGUGCCUCUGGAUGGCCUGUCCUCAUGUGUCGGAGCCACAGAGGAGCAUUACUGGCCAUGUGGGCAGGAGAAUGUAUUCUUCAUUGAUCCUGACAAUCCCCAACGAGUGUUCAGAGGACCCGACGGAGAAGGUGAGAUUGAUACAUUGUAUGGGCCGAAGUAA